AAAAGAAUGUCUGGACUCUUUCAGGGUGAUUGCCGUCUAUAGUCGCCGUUUUGAUCAAAACAUGACGAGGACGUGCAAAGACAGAGGUGGCAGGGUGGAGAGAUGAUGAGCAAAUGAGGGUGUAAUCGGUACUUGAUCAUCUUGACAUUCCAUCUGGGUCCAUUUGAACCUGAACUCACCUUGUUGUUUUCCUUUUCGUUCGCCAAAGCACGCUGCAGGGCGAAAUCAGCACAUCAUGGGAUCCAACCAACCUCAGAAUUACAUGGCAUUUCGACGAAAGUCGUCUGUCCUCAGCAACUCGCAAGAUCACCUUUGGGGCAUUCGCGCCAUCCUCGCCGUGCAGAGUUUCGCAUGGUUGUUCUUCAAGGUCUUCAAUCCGACGCUGACAGUUCCUGCUGCGACGGCGACUGGAGAACACGUCCCGGACGCAUCACCUUCGACAGUGCCCGGUGUUUUCGGUGGCCCAGGUAUUGUGCAACCGGGAGCAGGCUCUGGCAUCAUCGCACGCGAUCUGUACGCUCGCAGCCUUUACCCUCGCGCCAAUCUGAGUGAAAUCCCCAGCAUCCAAGAAACCAGCCCUCACUACCAAGUCCUCCUCCGCAAGAUUCUCUCUCCCCUUCUCUGGGAUGAAUCCUUCAUCUUUUGCUUCUUCAUCCUCCUCUCUGCCCGCACCGUCGCAAUCUCAUUCCUUCGCGAUGUAAACUCGGCCUCCUAUGCGCGCUCCCUGAUCGCUCGCCCUAUCCGCAUGGGCUGGCCUCUGGGUGUCGGUCUCGCGAUCUCUUGCAUCAUCUUCAAGACAAUCGACACACAAUACCUCGAGGACUUUGCCCGCAUCAAUGGAAACCCGUACCUGCGCGCUCCCGAAAACCCUGCGAGUGCAUUGGCUUGCUUCAACAGUAUUUGGAACUUGCUGUGGGUAACCAAGGACUACUCGCUGCAAAUGGGUAAUUUGGCUUUCCCGUCUUGGACGCUUUGGGUGCCGAGUGCGAUUUACUUGCAGAGUUACACGGUGUACAUUUUCAUGGUUAUUCUGCCGUACAGCAGGCCUUCUUGGCAUGUCACUGGAUUGCUCAUGUUUGCAUUCGGGUCUUGGUGGUUCAACAGUUGGGGUUGGUAUUCGGCUACUGGACUCUUCCUGGCUGAUGUUGCUAUCAACCCUCCUCUUCGUACUGCUUUGUUCCGUGGUUGGAGCAAUGAGUCUGGUAGUGUAAGGAUGCCUUAUUGGUCUCUUGCUGUUGUUUUCCUCGGUAUCGGAACUGGGUUGAAGUACAUGUGGACUGCUGGUCUUGAUCAGCUUUACUGGAGUGGAGAGGCUCAUGCUCAUCCUGCUCGUUACCUGGGUGGCAGCAGUUUCGGCUACUUUGAUGGUAAACAGCCUUAUCCUCGUAUGGACAACUGGCUCGUCAUUGUCGGUCUGCUGGUUCUCCUCGAAUUCAGCGAGGCUGGCAAGAAGAUCCUCGGAUCAAAGAUCUUCAAGACCAUUGGAAGACGCUCUCUGAGCUACUACCUCGUCUCCACACUUUUGAUGUACACAGCUGGCAUCAAAAUCUUCCUUUACUGCUACAACAAUGCCGGGUACACUCCCGCUUCCUCAAAGGCCGUCGCUUUCUUCGUCGUCCUCCCCGCAUCUAUUAUCGCAGGCGAGAUCUUCCACUGGGCAAUCGACAAGCCCGCCGUCUGGGCCGGCCACGCCGUAUACGCGUGGACAAGAACAUGAGAGUCUGGCACAAAGAAGUCGCAUAGAUGCCGCAGAGGCUUCGGCAUGAUGCAAAUCUAGUUACACUUUCCAUCUCUUUUGUUUUACGGGGAUUAUUACCAUCCUUUUUUUUCAAAGACUUCUUUUCCAUAAUCAAAUAUUUCAUAAAGCAAAUUUGCAUAUUUUUUUCCACAAAUC